UUUCAAAAUAUCGUUUCUUAGAAAACAUAUUUAUAAGCAUAUUUAGAAAAUAUAUUUAUAAUUCAUACUUUAACCCAAGCGAAAUGGCGAAAGAGUUCGUGGACAAAAUUUUAGGACAACAUUCUAUUUUUACUUCGGAUAAUGACACUAAUAUUGACACACCCACCCUGGAUCAAAUCCCAAUGACAGUAGUAUCACCAUUCCCAAAGCCUGGUUCUGAUGUUGGUCUUGUUAGAGAUGCAGGUGCUGAAUUUAUAGUAUUCAAGAGUGUCCAGCAAGAACAGAAGUUAAAGAAGAAUAUAAUCAACGUAGGAACGUUAUUUCUUGCUGGAGGGACGAUGGGAUCUGUUGUUGGAUUGUUCAAGGGCUUCCAAGAAAUUCGCGGCCGCAAUUACACUGGAAAAAUUAAGAGAACAAUUUUAUUGAAUUAUAUUCUUAAGGAAGGCGCCGGUAUAUCCAAUACACUUGCGGUUUUUGGAAUUAUAUAUACCGGUGCCUCCUUGUUGGUUGACAAAUUACGCCCAGAAAAAGAUGAUGACUUCAAUAUGGUACUUGCCGCAACGUCGACUGGUUUAUUUUAUAAAUCCACGGCUGGUCUCAAAAAAUGUUUAAUAGGUGGUUUGAUUGGAAUGUGUGGUUCUGGUUUGUACAGCAUGUAUAAGUAUUUUAAAAAGUCUGAAUUCAAUUACUUUGCGGAAACAUAACCACCAUAAUUUAGAAGAUUCCGAAUUAUUUGCUAAAGUUAUCUUACUGUAUUGUA